AGGGCUAUUUAUAUCGCUGGCUGUGCUCGUGAGGCACAAGCCUCCGAACCUUAAACGGGCGGCCCGAAACAUGCACCACUGCAACGGUUCGCUCGGUGCAUUUGCUUGGUAAAGCUCGCUGUCCUCGAUGUCGAGCUUCCCCGGCAUGGCUACCACUCGGUCAUCCCACAUGCCAAUGUCUCAGAAGCGGGGGAUCGGCAAGGGCAGGCCAUGGGCGUGUUAUCCACACUUGCCCCCCGUCCAGGAGUUCUCCGCCGGCAAGGGCAUCCCCCAAGUCAUCCGUCCAUCCAGGCUCUGUCCAGCCGCCUACCUCACUACUUGACAGAUCCCAUGGCCGCGGGGGCGAAGCCUGGGGGGUGGCCGUAUUGGCCCGGUGAUAAUUGGCCGUACCAGACAAUCCGCGGUGCGGAGAAGAUAACCGCCUCUUCCGGCUUUGAACCCCUUCCGACUCACUUGGCUUGUCCCCAUUGUCUUGCAUGCGCAUUGCUCUUCGGUGCAUGCGUUGUUUCUUCCUCGGGGACAGUGGUGUGGUCUCUCUGGUACCUGACAUGGACACACAUACUGCUCAUGCCCAAGAUGGUCGGUCCUAGUCGAGUCCAUUUGGUCUGCCACGGCCAUCCGGGUCGAACCACGGAUGUCUCGGUACCCGUGCAGCACCAACCGUCAACCAUGGUACGGGGGUCCGGAGACCAGCAGACAUCAUCGAAUGCCUGUAUUCGCCCUUCCCGUCUGUGGCAGCAGAGGAAUCAUCGCGCUGCGUCAACAUAUCUCACAGGGAAGGGAGUACACAACAUCACAAUCGCUGCUUACCAUGGAUCCCUCUGACCGACCAGAUCCGCCCAUGCUGUCCGCGCUCCGUCUGGUUGGCCAUCGUUCGGUGUAUCCGAGUUUGUUUAUAGAUAGCCUCCAGAGUGAGCGUAAACACGGGCGCCGUCCCAGCCAAUCUGCGUUGUUUUCGGGGAUGAGCGAGAUAUGGGCCGUUUGGCC